ACCUCGGCGAGGAUGCCACCUCCAGUGCCGCCCCCGACCCUUAAAAAGCAGCGCGAGCUUUGGCGGCACGUCUUUUAAGUGCAACUCGCCGCCGUGAUAGCAACUACAGUACAGCACAGAAGAUGAAGCUCAUCACAGCACAGGUGUUGGUGUGCUUGGUCCUGAACGUGUUCGCCGCUGACGAGCCCAAAACAGAUGUCAAGGCCCAAGUAGCCGUUGCCCCUGGGGACAGCUCCGUCGGCGCCGACAAAAAGCGUGAAACCCUCUUCGCCAGAAACGACUACUCGACUCCUGGCUACUACAACAACAACGGCUACUACGGUAGCGGCGGAUACGGCGGGGGCAGUGGAUACGGCGGGGGCAGUGGAUACCCCGGGGGUGGCUACUACGACCAUCUGCAGAGCAGGAACCAGUAUGGAUCGGGAGGAUCGGGAGGUUACUACGACCGAUACAACGGCUACGGAAGCAAUGCUGGUUACGGCGGCGCCGGAUACGGUAGUGGUGGAUACGGCAGUGGAUACAGCAACGCGGGCUACAACGGAAACUAUAACAACAACAACUACGGCAGAUAUGAUGGAUACAACAGUGGAGGAUACUACAAUAAUAACAAGAAUACUAAUGCAGGAUAUUCAGGCAGCACGGAGCAGCCCCAAAAAGGCUCAAGUUACAACAACGGAGGAUGGGGCGGCUACGGCAACGUAGACUCCUGGCGCGGAAACAACAACAACUACUACGACAGGUACGGCAGCAACGGCGACAACUGGCGCUACAACGGCGGCAGCAGUGGCGCAUACGACAGGCCGUACAACAGGGACUACGUGGACUACUACACCGGCGGCGGCGGUUGGGUCAACACGCGGCCCAUCGGCAGCUCAAGCUACAUGCACGGCGGCAACUACCAAUACGGUGGCUACCAGGGCUGAACUCAAACCGCCCACGCCACACACGGCAUCGCUAAUUUAUGAAUUUCGUCGAACGUAAUUAUUAAUCGGGAAAAAAUGUGAUGAUGGUUUGCCGUCAAUGCAGAUAAAUGAUCUUGUUUCUUUUUUUAAGAAAGAAAGAGACAGAAACACCAUAAAUAAAAACCCAGUAUCAUCAAAGAAAAUCAUUGUUCAAUUUUAAUUUCUAUUUCAAUCAUAGUGAAAAGCAUAUAAAUUGUGACCAACUGUAACAAAAUUUAUCAUGGAUUAAAAUUCAAAUAAAAAAUCCUGUGAAUUGAG